GACAAAAAAAAAGAAGAAAAAAAGAAUUGGCCUAUCGGCAACCUCGACACAGAAAUACACCCUUUUGUAAGAAGAUUAAAAUGACUGGGGGAUGAAAAUAAAAUCAAAGCAGCUAGAGUUGGUGCUGUGUGGUUUGGAGGUGUUUGCGGUCCAAUCCGUGCGUACAUUGAGAGGAGAAAGCGGCUGAAGGAGAGGAGAAAAAGCAACGGGACAAUGCUGUUCGUAUCUUUGACACUGAGGCUUCAGUCAUAGAGGAUGCCGAUAAUAGCCGCCGCUAGUUUUUCAAUAUUUGCCAUUUUUAUUUCCGAUUGAGCUCUCGCACAUCCCGCUGCCAUCUCAGGGAUACAUCGCAGUUUAGUGUCAUUAUAGGCCACUAUUUCUAUGCAGCUCGCUGUUAAUUAUACAUUUUGUUUUUACAUAGGCUUGUCUUUUUUUUUAAUUUGCUGGGUCAUCCUUGGAUUGCAUUUUGGUUCCCUGGAUGUGACCGUCUUUACGUUUUAUUUGGCCGCCGCAUGAAUUCUCCCACCGGAUCUUCGCCGGUGUACGCUGCUGUGGUCCUCCUCCUCCUCCUCCUCCUCCUCCUCCUCCCCAUCCUCCUCCUCCCGCUCAGACGGCCGAUUCUCACAGAGGGCACUACCCUCCUCCCUGCCUCUAAAGACAUUUUGAUCGUCCUCCCCGGUUUCCCCCACCCGGAAUCCUCGACCAUCACUCCGCCUGCCUCCUAUUCCUUUUCCUGCUCCACCACCGACACCACCACCACCACCUCCACCUCAUCAGUAACAUGUCGGGACAGUCUUUGACGGACCGGAUCGCCGCGGCGCAGCACAGCAUGACCGGUUCUGCCAUCAGCAAAGCCGUCUGCAAGGCCACGACGCACGAAGUCAGCGGACCCAAGAAGAAGCACCUUGACUACCUGAUCCACUGCACCAAUGAGCUGAACGUCAGCAUCCCCCACCUGGCAGACACACUGCUGGAGCGCACAGCCAGCAACAGCUGGAUAGUGGUUUUCAAAGCGCUCAUCACCACACACCACCUCAUGAUGUACGGCAACGAGAGAUUGAUGCAGUACCUUGCCUCCAGAAACACGCUUUUCAACCUCAACAACUUUCUAGAUAAGGCUGCACUGCAAGGGUAUAACAUGUCAACUUUCAUCAGACGCUACAGUCGCUACCUGAAUGAAAAAGCCAUGUCUUACAGAUUAGCAGCAGUGGACUUCACCAAGAUGAAGAGAGGAGCUGAGGGUGUGAUGCGCACCAUGAACACAGAGAAGCUCAUUAAGACUCUGCCAACCAUUCAAAACCAGCUGGACGCACUGCUGGACUUCCAGCCUAACUCCAACGAGCUAACCAAUGGAGUCAUCAACACAGCGUUCAUGUUGCUGUUUAAAGACUCCAUACGGUUGUUUGCUGCGUACAACGAAGGGGUCAUCAACAUGCUGGAGAAAUACUUUGAUAUGAAGAAGAACCAGUGCAAAGAAGCUUUGGAGAUCUACAAGACUUUCCUCAACAGGAUGACCAAACUGUCCGAGUUUCUCAAAGUGGCAGAGCGAGUUGGGAUAGAUCAGGGCGACAGCCCCGAUCUCACACAGGCCCCCAGCUCUCUCCUGGAGGCUCUGGAGCAGCAUCUAGCCUCUCUGGAGGGCAGGAAGCUCAAGGACCUCUCUGCAGCGAGCAGAUCCAACACCUUGUCUAGUGCAGUGUCCUCUCUCUCCAGCACUGGGAUCUCUCUCAGCCGCAUGGACGACAAGACAGAAGACAACAGACUGCAGCAACACAAGGAGGACAGUCACAAGGCGAUCGAUAGUCAGACACCCAAUGUGUCACCCAGCACCCAGUCAGUGGGCAGUGCCAACAGCAGCGGAGGGGCCACGGAUUUCUUCUCCAAUUCACCAAUCGUACAAGUCAGCAACCAUGUGCCAAACCUGACCAGUGAGCUGUUCACCCUGCAGCAUAACUUCACCCCAAUCCAGACCACACACACUGUGCCCAACAACAACAAUGCCUGGGGAGGCGACCUGCUAAAGCCAGCCCAUCCCGCUCAAAUUCACAGCCCUGGAGUUUCACUGCACUCUGGGAAAAUGCUGCCCAAUGAUUUGGACUCCUCAUUAGCCAACCUUGUUGGUAAUCUGCAGUUUGGGGGGACGUCAGCGAAAAAGCCGGAGCUCCAGUGGAGUCAGCUGGUGGAGAAGAAGCCGACAGGAGGAGGCGGCUGGCAGUCAAAGACCAUGUGCACCAGCACCAACUGGACUCACACCACCCAUCCCAUGGCACCCGCACCCAUGCCCGUCCCUCAGAUGAAUGGGAUGAUCUACACCGGCUACGCUCCCGCACCAGUAGCUUUUCCUAUGACGUCACCCCAAGUGCCUGUUUAUGGAAUGCUCCCACCUCAGAUGACACAUCAGAUGGGGGGCGUUCCCAUGAUGCCCCCGCAGACUGUCAUGUACAACCAGCCCGUCCUGAGAUCCACCAACCCGUUUGGACCCAUGCCGGGGACUCAGAUGCACUUCAUGUAGGGAUGAUGUCGUAACCAUGGCAGCAAAGCCAAGAGAGAGAAGGCGAGAGGAAAGAGAUGGAAAGAGAAACAGCUGAAGAAAACAAAUCCAGUGCUGGACGAAGAAAGAGGAAGCCGCAGAGGAGAAGGGAGGCGAGAGGAAGAAGGAAAGAGGACCAGAGGAUGGAUUAAAGAUUAAAUGCUGUAUCUGUUUCCAUGUAGCCUCAACAUCUAAUCUCCUCUCCUCUCUCCAUGUGGCUACGGAUCUCUUGUCUUUUAAUGGGGUACCAGAGGCUGCGCAUCAGUCCCACUCAUCCUCUGUUUGAUUUGCCAAUUCAGAAGGUGAUUAUGACCUGCGAUGACCGCUCUAUGGAAGCGCAGAGGCUCUAACUGCCACUUCACGACCUCCUCAUCCUGAUGAUUUCCUGUAAAAAAACGUUCUCACUUCAAACUUGGAGGACACGCGCCUCUUUCUCUGAUUGGAUUGUUUGCUGGCACUUUACUCAAUGUGAACUUUGCCAAGGGUGUAUGUCUGUGUAGGUGAUUUGAGCGUCUUGUUCAGAUUGGUUCCCCAAGUUGUGUGUCAUUCAUCACCUGAUGUCAGAAGUAAUCGAUUUGAAUGUGUGUGUGUGUUUCCUUUUUUUUCUACAUUUCAACGUGCUGCAUUGACAUUACCGUUUUGAGUCUUUUUAUGAGCUCCAUUUCUUCUUAAUUGCCAACCUCCUCAUCAAAAGUCUGAUCCUUUGUGGGUGCGCUUUUGCGUGUGUGUGUGUGCGUGGACGUGGCUGUGCAGGGUGUGUACUCUGUGUGUGUUUCUCUUUUGGUACCUGAUGUCAUCGCUGUGUUGUGUGUUGCCAGGUACCAAUGUGUUACUGCACUGGAACUAACUGAUGAAAGCACUGAGCCACAACCGGGCAUCGCAUUUGGAUGUAAACCAACCUCUUACAUUAACUUUGGGGUCGUGCUGUACACACUGUGUAUUUUGUCCCGCCCAUCCUCCCUCCCCCAGUCUACAGCUGUGCAAUAUCAUGCAAACUCGUUAACGUCUUUUCCACCUCACCUUUAGGCUGAUUGGGAAGCUGUUCCCUGCUUUAGAGUUGUUAUGUGUCCACAUCAGGUUUCUGUACAGAAUGCUGUUUUACUUUGUUUUCUAAAGUGUUCCGUUAUACAAAUACUGCUCUCAAAGUAGUGAAAAAUGCACUGAGCCUGACCGAGAGUUGACUUGAUGUCGGUAUUAACUCAGUCUUGCAAGUCAGAACCGGUCCGACUCCCAACCCGUGUGAUUUCCUCCGUGUCCUGCAUCCGUCCUGUUCAAAAUGAGUCUGCGGCGAUGUCCUUCACACUCCAGAUAAAACGGACAAGGGAAAUAAGCGGAAAAGCAGAUGUCUGACCUCCACCCUGCGUAAUCAAAGGCACUGCAACCACAGAGAGGGCUUUGCUAACGUGGUGUUAACACUUAUGGACAGGACGGCUAAAGGUCAGUCGGAUAAAUCAGACUAGGACCCGACCUGCCGUAGAGCGACUGAGGGUAAUGUCUGCUGAUCACCGCCCGAGUAACGCAGUGACAUACAGAUCAAUUCAGACAGCCAGACACGGGAGGCUUUAACGAGACGUUAGAUGUUAAUGUGGCUUUUCUGGCAGACCCAAGGUCCAGUUAGACCCACAGACAGACGAUAUAUACAUGUAUAUAUAUAUACAUGUGUAUAUAUAUACAUGUAUAUAUAUAUGUGUAUAUAUAUAGCACAAACCUUUGAAUAGAGAGGACAACGCUCUGCUGCACAAAAACCUAAAAUCAUUGCUGGGAUGUACAGUUGAAAGGGGCAAUAAUCGAUCGGGGAUGAGGUCGUUUUCUAUUGAUCGUGUCUGUUCCAUGUACAUGUACUGUAUGUGUGUUUGUGUGCACGCGCCUUGCCAUUGAGAUAAACAGGGUCGAGUUCCUCAGUCAGAGCUGAAGGGUCUUUAGUGAGCUGGCACUGUGUGUUAUUGUGGCCGCGUCUCAGUCCGUAGAACCCAACAUCAAAUUAAGGAUCACCCGUCUGACGAUGACAUCGCAAAAUGAAGAAAAAAAAAAAAGAGAAAAAGGCCCAAAGGUAUCGGCCCUGGAAUCUCAAAAGUAAAUCAGAGGGCAGGAGCUGCACUCGCUGUGAGCAAAAUGGAUUAGUCAGGAUUUGACCUCCUGCUGUAACCGCUGGCGACACACAGGAACCAGCUGCAGCUACCACUCCACGACCAGCAGAGGACUCCAGCUAGAAACCAACAGCGAGCCGGCCGUUACUCUCUUUAAGGCCUCGUGAAAAAAGGCCCGGCCCGACCUUUGGGGGAGACUUGUCGCCUCGCUCUCGUCCAUCACGCCUCAUCCCGUCGGUUUGGUCUUCUUCCCGUCAGCUGAAUGCUCUCUUCAUCGUGCACUCCACUCCCACGACGCAGCUCCACCCGUCCCCGGGGACAACCUCUGACUGUUACCGUGUCCUCUUGUAUAUAGAAAAAUGCGUUCAUGUGUUUUUAGACGUGCUCUCUCUGUAAAGUGAUCGAAGCCCAAUUGGAUGACGUACUGUAUGUGGGACAAUUUAUUGCUGUAUCUGUCUUUGAAUGGUUGUAUUUUGAAGGUGUCAUCAUCCAGGGACGUGUGGGAGGGGCGGGUUUGAUGUUUGUGCUGUUUGUGUCCAUCUCACGGAGGAAGCGGGCGGGGGUCGUGGGGAGAUGGGGU